UCAAACUUCUGAGGAAAAAAAACCUUGGCAGCACCGAAACAAAUUUCUGUUCCUUCUUUCUUCUCUCUAUUCGAACAAGACUCAGAACAAUAACCACAAAGAGAAGCCAUGAAAAGAAGAAUCAAAGAACUUCUACGCCUCUCAUUUUCAUCUCCACACUCUAAAAUUCACCACCAACCACUCUCAAGAUCAUUACAACCCACUUCUUCUUCUCAAUGUUCAACAUCUUUCUCAACCUUUUCAAAAUCCCAAAGGGAUUCACUGAUUUUCCAACAGUUCAAAGAAAGGAAACUCAAAGGGUCAUCAAAAGACUCAAUUUUUAAUCCAAGAGUUUCAAAUUCCGUUCCAGAAAGUUUUGAUACUAACGUCGAGAAAACAGUCCAAAAGGGUUUGAAAAAUGAGAGUGAAAAUGAAGAUUCUAUGGUGGUUGCUAACUUUAAGGAGUUAGGUUUGAGUGAAGUUCUUGUUGAGGUUAUGGAAGAGAUUGGUGAUUUUUUACCAACUGAGAUACAGUGUGUUGUUAUUCCAACUAUUUUGGAGGGGAAGAGUUUGUUGUUGAGUUCACCUUCUCAGCCUGAUAGGACAUUGGCCUACUUGUUGCCCCUUAUUCAGCUGCUAAGACGAGAUAGUGAGUUGCAUGGUUCGAAUUCAAAGCAUCCUCGAGCUGUUGUGCUUUGUGCUUCUGAAGAGAAAGUUGAACAGUGCUUUAAUGCAGCAAGAUAUAUCAUCCAUAAUGCAGAAUUGAAGUCUGCGAAGAAUCGUGCUUCAUCGGAUAACAAAAAGUCAAAUUCCUCAAUUGGCUUAAUGAUUGGAACUCCUUGUGAGAUUCUGCAAUACAUUGAUGAAGGGAUUGUUGUUCUUGCAGAAUUAAAAUACUUGGUAUUGGAUGAAGCCGAUUCUAUGCUUGGUAACCACCUUGGUCCUGAAAUCCAUAAAAUUAUCCGACCAUUACAAAAUCAUGACUCAAAAUCCGAUGUCAAAAGAUUGCAGACAAUUUUGGCAAUUUCAACUAUAGCUGAGGUUUUGGGCGAAAAGUCGCCCAUUGUAGAACGUCUUGAGCGCGAUCAUGCUGGAAAUGUUUCUGCAUUGUCGAUAGAAAUGGAGGAAGCAGAAGUUUUUCAUUUGACAAAGUCUCUGGACGCUCUUAGGAAAAAAUUGGAGGAGGCCAUGAAUUCCCUUUAGAAAUGACAGCAACAUUUUGGUAUGCAAUUUCUACGGCAUAUUAUUACAAAAGAGGAUUUAUGAUCUUUGUGACAACAACAUAGGGGAAGUUCAAUAGUCAUUCCCAUUUUUAAGUUGUUGUGUAUAUGUGCAUAUUUACAGACAAGAAUUCAGUUCAUGUAAGAGAUGGAAUCUCUAAUUAAUUUAAUGACGUUUUUAGUGACGUUUUUUUCCUUCUAUUUUUCACAUGUGAGGAUUCAUCCCUUCACACAUUGAAUGCUGAUACGACUUUUGAGUGCUUUGGUCGCAUUAAUUUUGGUUAGUUGUGAUAGUUGCAUUGAAACAAUGUCUUAAGCUUGUUAUAUUGAAAAAGGAUGAUGUUUGGCU